AUGGUGGAGACCCUGACCGUGGCUGUCCUGGGAGCCCCGAAGGUGGGCAAAACAGCCAUCAUCCGCCAGUUCUUGCACCAGGACUUCACGGACACGUACAGCCCCACGGAGGGCCGCUUCGCCUACCGGCCGUCGGUGGUCUUCAAUGGGAACAUGUACGACGUGAAGAUCUUGGAUGUCCCCUACCUCGCGGCUUUCCCCGCCGACAGCUCUCAGGAGUGGUUGGACCUAAAGUACCGGGGGCUGAGGAACACGGACGCCUACGUAUUGGUCUACGACAUCUGCACUCCCGAAAGCUUUGAGUACAUCAAAAUGAUCCGUCAGCAGAUACAGGAGAACAGGACAAGCAGCACUGGCGAAGCCCCGAUCAUCGUGGUGGGGAACAAGCGGGACCUGCAGAGGCAGCGCUUCACGCCCCGACGGACGCUCUCAAUGCUGGUGAAGAAGAGCUGGAAGUGUGGCUACCUGGAGUGUUCGGCCAAAUACAACUGGCACAUCGUCCUCCUCUUCAAGGAGCUCAUUUGCAGCGCGUUGGCCCACGGCUGCAAGAACAACCACUCUGCCAUGCGCCUCCAGGGGGCGCUGCACAGGAACCGAUGCAGCCUGAUGUGACCA